AAAAUCUGCUGGUUCCCAAAGGAUCAAGCUCAACUCCGAAAAUAACAGUCAAUGGCUACUAUUGCUUCUUCUUUCUCCACUCUCAUCUUCUCUUCUCUACACUCCAAACUUUCUCCGCCUUCUCUUUUAUCCUCUCCACACACCUCUCUUUCUUCUUCUUCUUCUUCUUCCUCUCAGUCCUCCCUUUUCUCUUCUUUUCUCUCGAUUUCUCCAACUUCUUUAACAUACCCCACAUGUUCAAGGCGCCUCUCUGCCUCUACCUUCACUGUCAAGGCCAGUGCCGCAGAGAAGAAGAAGGUCCUUAUAGUUAAUACAAACAGCGGUGGUCAUGCAGUUAUUGGGUUCUACUUUGCGAAAGAGCUUCUGGGUUCCGGCCAUGAGGUCACUAUCAUGACUGUUGGUGAACAGAACUCCGACAAAAUGAAGAAGCCUCCAUUCAGCAGAUUCUCAGAAAUUGUGAGUGCGGGUGGACGGGCAGUGUGGGGAGACCCAGCAGAAGUAGGGAAAGCUGUGGAAGGAGCAACAUUUGAUGUGGUGUUAGAUAACAAUGGCAAGGACCUUGAUACUGUGAGGCCUGUAGCGGACUGGUCCAAGAGUGCUGGUGUGAAGCAGUUCUUGUUCAUCAGCAGUGCUGGAAUCUAUGUACCGACUGAUGAACCUCCUCAUGUUGAAGGGGACGCCGUUAAAGCUAGUGCUGGUCAUGUUGGAGUGGAGAAAUACAUCGCAGAGAUUUUCAAUAGUUGGGCUGUAUUCCGCCCGCAAUACAUGAUUGGUUCAGGCAACAAUAAAGAUUGUGAGGAGUGGUUUUUUGAUCGGAUUGUCCGGAAAAGGCCAGUGCCAAUCCCUGGCUCAGGAAUGCAACUAACCAAUAUUGCCCAUGUUAGAGACUUAUCCUCUAUGCUUACACUAGCUGUUGAAAACCCAGAAGCCGCAAAUGGCAAAAUAUUCAAUUGUGUAAGCGACCGUGCAGUAACUCUGGACGGAAUGGCCAAACUAUGUGCACAAGCUGCAGGUCUACCAGUUGAAAUCGUGCAUUAUGAUCCGAAAGCUGUUGGAAUUGAUGCAAGGAAAGCUUUUCCUUUCCGAAAUAUGCACUUCUAUGCAGAACCGAGAUCUGCCAAGGACAUCCUGGGAUGGCAUGCUACUACAAACCUUCCUGAGGACCUGAAAGAACGAUUUGAUGAAUAUGUAAAGAUUGGGCGAGACAAGAAGCCAAUACAGUUCGAGAUAGAUGAUAAAAUACUUGAAUUCCUCAAAGUUCCAGUUGCAGUGUGAUCAAUUCUAUCUGAUUAAUGACAUGCCAAUGAAGAUCUGCCCUUUGUAUAAGACUCUGGUCUCUGGAAGCCAUGAUUUUGUGAUCCUCUCUUACUGUUCUAGUUUUGUUAAAAAUCAUUGUAUUCCUAUAAGAUGCUUCUAUUGCAGAAAAUGAAUGAAUAAAUGAAGUUCUUAAUUGUA